GACCCUGCACUAUCUGCGUUGCGCUCCACUUCCGGAUUCUCUCUCUUCGCCGCCGGCAACAAUGAGUUUAACGAAGAAUAUCAUAACCGCGACGGAAGGCACGCUAAGACGUGCAAAGUUUGCUCGCUGUCUUUCUCAGUUUGCUCGGCGCGAAUUGAGGAAGCUAAGUUUUGUCAUCCCACUCCAUGAAGCAGGAUCAAGAGACGAUUGGAUCUACAGGCACUGGUCAUUUGAGAAAGCUUGCACUUCUGGAGCAAGCAUCUCAGGACUUCUCAGUUUUGGAACAAUAGCUCUUGCUGAUAAGGCUGAACAUGGUUUGGCAGUUCCUAACUAUCCUUGGCCUCAUAAAGGGAUACUCAGCUCAUAUGACCAUGCUUCGAUUCGACGAGGUCACCAGGUAUACCAAGAAGUCUGUGCGUCUUGCCAUUCAAUGUCUCUAAUCUCAUAUCGUGAUCUUGUUGGUGUGGCAUACACUGAAGAAGAAACAAAGGCUAUGGCAGCAGAAAUUGAAGUGGUUGAUGGGCCUAACGAUGAGGGUGAAAUGUUUACACGCCCUGGUAAGCUAAGCGAUCGUUUCCCUCAGCCAUAUGCAAAUGAACAAGCAGCUAGGUUUGCUAAUGGAGGAGCUUAUCCUCCUGAUUUGAGUCUCAUCACCAAGGCCCGUCAUAAUGGUCAGAACUAUGUAUUUGCUCUUCUAACUGGUUACCACGAUCCUCCUGCUGGUGUCUCGAUCCGAGGAGGAUUGUAUUAUAAUCCUUACUUUCCUGGUGGUGCAAUAGCUAUGCCAAAAAUGCUGAAUGAUGGUGCUGUUGAAUAUGAAGAUGGUACCCUGGCAACAUAGUCCCAGAUGGGAAAAGACGUCGUAUCAUUCUUAUCGUGGGCUGCUGAGCCAGAAAUGGAAGAGAGAAAGCUGGUAAUUGAUUUAUGACACUGGAUAUUUUAGCAUUGUAAUAGUGAACUAUUUAAUCUUUGCAUUUAGUGCUUGUGAUUUACUUAAGAAUUGCCUAUAUGGCAUUAAGUGGUAUAAUUGUUUGAUUUCUGACUUUUGCUCAAACUGGAAAACUAAAGUCAUCUCAUCACAAAAUGAUAUUGAUUUUCAGCAUAAUUAGGACCUUAUUCUUGAGUUUUGACACUUGGAUGUUAGACAUCCCAAAUACAGGAGGUAUAAGAUAUAUACUGUGAACUGCCAUCUUCAAUAACACGAGACAGUUUUUUAUUUAUGAUAAAAUUUUCUGACAUUG